AUGUCUGCUCCUCCUGGCGAAGGUUACGGCCAGUUCCCAGGUCCCGACCAAGGACAGCAAGCACACCCCGAUCAGCCACAAUAUGAUGAACAGCAACCCGGCUCGCCCCACGACGUUGCGGCCCACGGCAAGAAGAAGAAGCGAGGCUAUGCCGCCGGUGCUUUCGAUGUUGGAUCAGGCGCCAAUGCCGCUGUAGGCGGCCAAUUGCAAGGUGCAAACCAGUUUGGCAUCCCGCAACCUCAACAAGCCGCACCCCAAUAUGGGUAUCCUUCAAAUGAACCUCAGCAGCCCGCUGCACAGGGCUAUCAGUAUCCUGGCCAGGGCUACGGCGCCCCGCAGCAGCAGCAGCAGCAGCAGCAACAGCCUGCAUAUGGCUACCAAGCUCCCGAACCAGGAUACCAGGCUCCCGGCGUGCAAGCCGCGGGUGUCCCAGGAGCUCCCGGUGCUCCUGGAGUUGCCGGACUCACACAGGGCAUGGGCAAUAUGCAGAUUGGCGCUGGCCAGCCUCAGCAGCAGCCUCAAGGCCAAGCACCUCGUGCCGCCAUGAACCAGCUCUACCCGACUGAUCUGAUCAACCAGCCGUUCAAUGCUACCGAGCUUGACCUCCCACCUCCCCCCAUCAACCUUCCGCCCAAUUCGAGCGUGACGCCUUCUCCCGACUCGAACUGCCCUCCUCGAUAUAUGCGAUCUACACUUAAUGCGGUUCCUACGACACAUUCGGUUCUGAAGAAGUCCAAGUUACCAUUCGCUCUUAUUAUUCAGCCCUACGGAACGCUUCACGACGAUGAGGAUAACGUCCCUGUCAUUCAGGACCAGGUCAUUUCUCGAUGCCGCCGUUGCAGGACUUAUAUCAACCCUUAUGUGACCUUCUUGGACCAUGGACACCGAUGGAGGUGUAACAUGUGCAACUUGAGCAACGAUGUUCCCCAGGCCUUCGAUUGGGACGCAGCUUCCCAGCAGAGUGUCGACCGCUGGCAACGUGCGGAGCUGAACCACUCCGUCGUCGAGUUUGUUGCUCCCCAGGAGUACAUGGUUCGCCCCCCUCAGCCUCUCGUCUACCUCUUCCUGUUUGACGUGAGCUACAAUGGUGUUGCCAACGGCCUCCUCGCGACAAGCGCCCGCACUAUUUUGGACAGUCUUAACAGGAUACCCAAUGCUGAUCGACGGACUCGUCUUGGUUUCCUCGGUGUUGACACUAGCCUGCACUACUUUUCGAUCCCCAAGGACAGCGAUGAGAACGCAGAGACCAGCCAAUUGGUCGUCAGCGAUCUUGAUGAGCCUUUCCUUCCAGUGCCUCAUGACCUUCUGGUACCCCUCUCCGAGAGUCGCCAGAGCAUCGAAAAGUUCCUCCAGAAGUUGCCAGAGAUGUUCCAGAACAACCAAAGCAAUGGAUCCUGCAUGGGCUCGGCUCUUCGCUCAGGCCACAAGCUGAUCUCUGCGCUUGGAGGCAAGAUUGUUGUUCUCACUUCUUCGCUCCCCACGAUUGGCGAAGGAAAGUUGGAACACAGAGACGACAAGAAGGUCCUCGGAACCUCCAAGGAGUCAGCCCUCCUUCAGACCUCCAACAGCUUCUAUAAGAGCUUUGCUGUAGAAUGCUCGAAGAACCAAGUAUCCGUCGAUAUGUUCCUCUUCUCUUCGCAAUAUCAGGAUGUAGCUUCUCUCAGCAACCUGCCCAGAUACACUGGUGGUCAGACCUGGUUCUACCCCGGCUGGCAUGCGUCGCGACCAGAGGACGCGCUCAAGUUUGCCUCUGAGUUUAGCGACUUUUUGUCUUCCGAGAUUGGUCUCGAGGCUGUGCUCCGAGUCCGUGGUACUACUGGGCUGAGGAUGAAUGCCUUCUACGGCAACUUCUUCAACCGAAGCUCGGAUCUCUGCGCUUUCCCGGCUUUCCCCCGUGACCAAUGUUACGUCGUUGAGGUCGCCAUCGAUGAGAACCUUUCUAAGAACUACAUCUGCCUGCAGGCUGCCGUUUUGCACACCACUUGCAAUGGCGAGCGCCGUAUCAGGGUCAUGACACUUGCACUCCCUACGACCACAACCAUGUCUGACAUCUACGCAUCGGCCGACCAGGUCGCCAUCACAACAUACUUUACCCACAAGGCCGUUGAGCGUGCGCUGGGCAACGGCCUAGAUGCCGCCAGGGAUGCCAUACAGUCCAAGAUCACAGAGCUGCUGCAGGUGUUCAAGAAGGAGCUUGGUGGUGGCAGCAUGGGUGGAGGAAUACAGUUCCCGGCCAAUAUGCGUGCUCUCCCUAUCCUGUUCUUGGGACUGAUGAAGCACGUCGGUCUACGAAAGUCGUCACAGAUCCCGACGGAUAUCCGGUCCGCAUCUCUGUGCCUGCUGUCAACGCUCCCAGCUCCCCUUUUGAUGAGAUACAUCUACCCUCGCCUGUACUCGCUGCAUGACAUGCCCGACAAUGCUGGCACUCCCGACGAAGAAACCGGCCAGAUCGUUCUGCCCCCAGCCCUGAAUUUGUCUUCCGAGAAGCUGGUCUCAUACGGCUUGUACUUGAUCGACGAUGGGCAGAAUCAGUUCCUCUGGAUCGGUCGGGAUACUGUUCCUCAACUGAUUGCGGAUGUGUUUGGCGUCCAGGACAGGAAGGAGAUUGCCGUUGGCAAGAGUCGGGUGCCAGAGCUGGAUGGUGACUUCAAUGAGCGUGUGCGUGCUGUUAUUCAGAAGAGUCGGGAUCACAAGGCACUGGGAGUUGGCAGCGUGACUGUUCCUCAUCUGUACAUUGUCAAGGAGGAUGGCGAGCCUGGCCUCAAGCUCUGGGCUCAGACGCUUUUGGUUGAGGACCGGGCGGACCAGAGUGUAAGCGCGGGCCAGUGGCUGGGCAUGUUGAGAGAAAAGGUAAAUUACUAG